AUGGACCAACAAACUAGUGGUCGUAAGAAUGGCAAGAACGCCAAGCCUGUCCACUGGACGGCCGCUGGUGUUCUCGCUGUUCUCACCUUCAUCGACAACAAUAAGGGCGAGAAUUCACCAUUUCUCGGAAAGCAGCAAGACGUGCUGCAGCGAAUCCGAGACAGCCUAUCCAAUGCCUUCACCAAUGACGAUUUCGGACGCCUGAGGAAAGAGUCCGUGCGUGACAAGAUCACGCAUAUCUGGAAGAGUUGCAAGAAAAACGAAUACGAUGGGAUCAAGAACUUGUGGACUUACGGGACCACUGCUCUUGAUGCCAUCAAAUUCAAUGCCGAGUACUCUGACGUUAACUUCGUUGUCGGUGGUGACUCUUCCGACAUGCCCAAUAUCGACAAUGCCAAGAAGUCGACCUCCCCUGAUGGUGUCAAGCGCAAGCGCAGCCAUGAGGACAAUGAUAGAGCGCAGCAGCGAGCCCCGAAGAAGCAGCGGAUCACCCGCAGAGACUCUGGUCUAGCGAUGGACAACAACACCAAGUCCAGCCGCAGCACCACCGCGCGUCCAUCCAGUGCCACCAUCGAUGUUGACGAGGAGAUUGCAGCCGAUCUUUUGCGCGAGCGUGACGAGAACGGCAACGAGAUUGUCCCUGAUAGUGAGGACGACUCGCAGAGCAAUGAUGCCCAGCAGAGUGACGAUGACGACUUUGAAGACUCACCUCUUCACAUGUUCCCUGUUCGACCCAAACCAGUCACCACUGUCUGCACGCAAGAGGAGCUGAAGAUGCGCAGCUCAGAAAUGGUGGAGAUGAUCGACAAGGCUGUCGACGUGUACAUGGCUUCUCUCGGCUUUCCACGGUCGCAGCCGAUCUGUCUUGACCUUGAGGCCACGUUCCCACCAGAUAUGCAGCCACUAUUUGCACGCAUGGUCGGUACCACCGGUGCAGCUGUGAAGGAUUGGGUGCUGACCAAAGGCGCCCUGGAGAAGCUCAUGUCCAGCGACAAUUACGAUAGGAUCGACCUCAAGAUCUUCCUACGUGGUCUCAUCGGCGCCGCCCUCCAAGUGUGGUGCUUCGAGCCGUUCCGUGGCUCACGAUACUGGGACGACGGCAUUGCUAUCAGCCAAAUGGCUCGAGAUAUCCUCCGCGCUAGCACGGACCCAAGGGACUUCGAGACCUACCGGCAGAAGGUCAACGGGAAGUUCAUCAUGUCUGUCUUCCUGCCCGAGACCGGGGGCAUCGCUCAGAAACAAGCCAAGCGUUUCGAUCAAAUGCUUGCUUUCGUCCUUCCCACCCGCAAGCCCGCUGUUGCCAAUUACGAGGACCACAUCUUCGGUUCGGAAGCCUCCAAGAGAUCCCAAGGCCCAGAGGUCUUGAUCCAGGGCCAGCUCAGUCAAGAGGUGCCAACUAACCGUUUCGAAAACACCAACUCCACUCAAGUCGACGAGUCGCGACAGCCCAUCCUCAGUACUGAGGCUCAAGAAGAGUGGGUUGAAGCCCUAGCCGAGAUCUUCCAGAAGGGUCUCGUGAUGCGUGCCCUGAUGGACAUGCCGUACGACAGCAAGAAUCUCUCCGAGAAGAAAUACACCUUCUCAUUCCCUGUCUACCACCAGGCUGUCGAUGCGCAAGACAUGUGGGGACGUGUCAUCGUCGGCUUCUUUCCCACCAUUGAGUCAACCGAAAUGCACAAGACCUUCAAUGAAGGUGGCUAUAGCAUCGAGGAAGGCGAGACGGUGGAGCUGGUGAAGGGGAUGGCCCGAACCGCGAACAUCGGUGUUUCCAGUGCUCCCAAGAGCACUGACCUAGGGAAACGCACGGUCGCGUCUUGCUGA